CUUCUUGAUUCAAUAUCAUUGUCUUGAUUUUGUUAACAAACUUCCUCUCCUUUUGGUGUUUGCUGAUCAACAUUUCUUUAAUUUGUUAAUAGAUACAUUUAACCUAAUUAACAUGACUCUUUCGGAAAGUAAUAACGAAUUCAAGUUGACUUCACCUCCAGAAGAUUGUAUUCAAAGUGUUAAAUUUGGAUUGAAUAGUUCACAGUUUUUACUCGCUGCUUCUUGGGAUACAACUGUUCGUUUAUAUGAUAUUUCUGUCAACAAAUUGAAAACCCAGUAUAAACAUAAUUCACCGGUUCUUGAUUGUGCGUUUCAGGAUUCAAAUCAUGCCUGGAGUGGAGGGUUAGACCAGCAAGUGAAAAUUUUUGAUUUUGUCUCUGGCAAGGAAACAAUUGCUGGUACUCAUAAUGGAGCAAUUAGAUGUGUUGAAUAUGCACCAGAGAUAAAUGUUGUCAUUACUGGAGGUUGGGAUGCUUGUAUCAAAUUGUGGGAUCCAAGAGCACCCGCGCCAUCGGGAUCUUUUGCUCAACCUGAAAAAAUCUACACAAUGAAUAUAUGUGGUGAAACACUUGUGGUUGGAACUGCUGGUCGCCGUGUUCUUGUUUGGGAUCUAAGGAACAUGUCUUAUGUACAACAAAGACGGGAAUCUUCUUUGAAAUAUCAGACAAGAUACAUCAAGUGUUUCCCUAAUAAACAGGGUUACGUUCUCAGUUCUAUAGAAGGCAGAGUAUCUGUUGAAUAUUUUGAUCCUGCACCCGAGGUUCAAAAGAAAAAGUAUGCCUUCAAGUGUCAUCGGAACAAAGAUACAGGAACAGGAAUUGAGAAUAUUUACCCUGUCAAUGCAAUCUCGUUCCACAAAGUGUAUAAUACUUUUGCUACCGGUGGCUCUGAUGGUUAUGUCAACAUAUGGGAUGGUUUCAAUAAGAAGAGACUUUGCCAAUUCCAUAAAUAUCCAACCAGCAUAAGUUCACUCGCUUUUUCACCUGAUAACAAUUAUCUAGCUAUUGCAUCUUCUUUCCUUUUCGAGACGAACCAAUCCCAAGAUAUCCCUGAGGAUAGUAUCAUCAUUCGUAGGGUAACAGAUCAUGAAACUAAGCCAAAGUGAGGGAUAAUUUAUCCAAACCAUUUUUCUAAUUUUCUCUGUCAACCAAUGUUUUCAUCCAAUCAAUGUCUUCUCUUGCUUUUAAUCUGGACUUUUCAUCUUCCAGAAAACUUGAGGUUUUUUUAUAAAAAAAUCUUGCCAUUGCACUUUGCAUAAAUUAUGUAUUCUAUUGUUUUUUUUUGCACAAAUCCAAAAUAUUUGAUCUUUAUUAAUA